CCUUUGUACCUAAAACCCUAAACCCCACCCAUCCACUGGUUAUGUGAUUGAUUAUCUAUUUGGAAGCAGAGUGAAAGAAAGAGAGAGUUUUUGAGUGAAGAAGAAGUUCCCAAUGAUUGUUACUCGUUCAGCCUUGAUGCUCCAUCUCCAAAACCCACCAAUUCGCUACCACUUCUUCUCCCACCUCAACCAUCCUCACAUCACAUUCUUCAAACCCUCUUCCCCUUCUCUAUUCAAACCUCGCCCCUUCUCUCAAACCACUCCACGCCUAACACAAACCAGACCCUUUGUGAUUGCAUCAUCAUCAUCAUCAUCACAAGGUUCUAAGGGCAGGGACACUUUCUUUGCACAGGAAAACGUUUCGUGGACUUCGCUCGGUCUCUCCGAUACCGUUUCUCGAGCGCUUUCUAACGUUGGCCUCAACAGACCCUCUCUCGUUCAGGCUUCUUCUGUACCAUCUGUGCUGUCAGGAAAGGAUGUUAUUAUUGCCGCAGAGACCGGGAGUGGUAAGACAUACAGUUACCUAGUUCCUCUAAUUGAUAAACUUAGGGGCACCCAGGAACAUUCUCUACAUGCCGAGCCUGAUCAAGAAGUGACCUUGCCGCAGAAAGUUCUGCUCGUUCUUUGUCCGAAUGUGCAACUUUGUGAGCAGGUAGUUAGGAUGGCUAACAGUCUCUGUAGAGAUGAUGGUGAGACGAUAGUUAGUGUGGCAGCCAUUUGUGGCAAACAGGGAUGGCCAAUUCGGGAACCUGAUAUCAUUGUGACAACACCUGCUGCCCUUCUGAAUUAUGUUGACCUUGAUAGAACCCGCCGCAUGGAAUUUAUGCGUGGUGUUAAAUAUGUGGUGUUUGAUGAAGCCGAUAUGCUUCUCUGUGGGAGUUUCCAGAAUAAAGUAAUCCGUCUGAUAAACUUGCUCCGCUUCGAUGAAAAACUCUUGUCUCGAUCAAAACAAUCAGCAGCAGAGUUUCCAAUGAAACAGGAAUUUUCCUUGUCAUCAGCAGAUGCUUUUGAAGGUGAAGAACUUCAAAAUGAAGCCACCACAGAAGAGGAUGACAAUGAUAAAGAUGAUAUUGUAGAUAUUGAUAAUGAAGCUGAAUCUGUCAAACAAAGAGACUGGAAGAGAGUGAGGAAAAAUUAUAAGCGUAGUAAACAGUAUAUUUUUGUUGCUGCUACACUUCCAGUGAAUGGAAAGAAAACAGCUGGAGGGAUAUUGAAAUACAUGUUUCCUGAUGCUGAGUGGGUUUAUGGAAACUAUCUUCAUUGUCACAAUCCAAGGUUGGAGCAGAAGUGGAUAGAAGUUACAGUUGAUACUCAAGUGGAUGAACUCAUAAAGGCUGUGAAUCACAGUUUCAGAUCUGAAGAUUUGGAUAAUGCUGGUGGCAUUCACAGAACAAUGGUGUUUGCCAACACUGUUGAGGCUGUUGAAGCUGUGGCAAAGAUAUUAAUCCGAUCUGGAAUUGAAUGUUCACGUUAUCAUAAGAAUUGCACAUUGGAGGAGCGAGCACUGACCUUAGCUGAUUUUCAUGAGAAAGGUGGUGUUCUUGUAUGUACUGAUGCUGCUGCUCGUGGCGUUGAUAUUCCAAAUGUUUUACAUGUUAUUCAGGUAUAGUUCAUCUUUUACUCA